GGAGUGCGUCUUGCUGUGCGCACGACAAGCCGCCUUUGAUUAUAGAUGCGCAGAUCCCACCGCAAGUCCCGGCUUGGCUGCAGCGAGUGCAAGAAGCGGCACAUGAGAUGUGACGAGAGCCGCCCGGCCUGCCUCAACUGCACCCGCGCACAACGCUCCUGCUCGUUUCUGUCCUCCGGCGCAUCACGUCCAGCGCAACCGCAUUCACAGCAUCGCGAUCUGACUGCUGCCAGCUCAUCCGAACCGUACAAUGCCUCUUCCGCUUCCCCGUCCCCCGAUCCCACCAGCGGUCCUGAUGCUCACCAAAAGCACUUCACCUUGAGGCACCUAGAGCUCAUGCAUCACUUUGAGCACCACAUGGCCAACGACAUGCAGAUCUACAACACGCUCAUGUAUGAUGCCUGCCAGCUUGCCCUCGUCGAGGGGUUUGCUAGCCGCUAUGUCAUGGACCAGGUCCUCGCCAUCGCUGCCGCCCACAAGGCCAGCACCUUGACAGACGCCCAGGCACGGCAAGCCUACCAUCUUGAGGCAACCAGCCUGCAGACCCGUGCUGUUGCUCUCUUCACGGCCGAGACUGCAGACGCCGGCAUCCCAAGUGACAAGGCCAUGGCGGCUUUCACUUUUGCCUCGUUUCUGGGAUUGCACGUGCUGUACGACCUCACCCAGAUAGAGGAUGCCACUUGGGCCAACCCAACGCUUGGACUGGAUCAGUUUACGCAUUACUUCAAGCUGCUGCAGGGCAUCCGCAAGAUUGCCACACCGAUUUGGGACCAAGUCAGCGAGCGCGUCGGGUGCGACGUGCGCAUGUGGGACGUGUCCAAGAGAGAUCUUUCGGCGUCAGCCAGGGCUGCAGAACGUCGCAGCAGCGAGUGCUCCCAGCUGCUGGCGCUCCUAGACAUCUCCGAUGUGACGGCUGCCUCGCGAGAAGUGCUUCGCGUGGCCAUCGAUGCCCUCAUCGACAUGUUUGAGAGUGGCCACCAGCAUGGCCGCUGGGUCAUUAUCGCGCAGGAAUGGCCGACUCGAGCGACACCAGAAUACAAUGAGCUGGUGGCCCGGCGCAGGCCCGAAGCCCUCGUCGUUCUCGCGCACUUUUCCGUGCUGCUUCACCGAGGUCGAGACUUUUGGUGUGUCGGAGAUGCAGGCUCACGUCUCUUUCGAUGCAUCAAGAUGCAUCUUGGGGAAUAUUGGGCCAAAUGGCUCGAGUGGCCCGAACAGCAGUUGCAGUUAUCACCCGCUCGAAGUGUUCUGGCUGCACAAGCAAUCUCCAAGUGAAGGCACGUGUAUGUAGCCUAUUCACUUGACCUGGUUGCCAAAGCCCCGGUCCAUUUCGCACCGUCACAGCCCUUCCACGUGGACGAGGUCCGCGCCGCGAUGCAGCCUUUGAAUUUGUCAUCCCAAUGCGAGAUAUCUGUGCUUAGAAAUGGAUCAUCACGAGGCGUUUACUAUGAGCCUCGUGGGUUGCGAUCAGGCAUUUGUCCCUGGCUUUUCGAGGGGGGCGGGACAGCCAAGGACCCUCCAGCGCCAGCCAGGGUCCAAUACGCGUAUCCAGCGUU